UUUGAAGGUAGUCCUAGUGUCAUGGAACCCAGUUACAGGGCUUUGGUAAUUCAGCCCUGUAACUGGGAGUCAUAACAUAAACAAUCCCAGGAGCACCUGGCAGAAGAAGAUAGAAUAUGCCUGGGAACUUGGGGCCGAAAGUAUAAACAAUUAUAAUUGGUUUAGUGUGUGAAAAUGGUAGUAAUGUGAUAUUGGGGGUGGGACUUGAUGAUGAUAUUUACGUGUGGUGUUACGUAGCAUCAAAAGUUAUAAAAAUAGUUGUAUGUAAACAUUGGGUCAUUCCUGACUUUUCCAAAGUCAUGUGUUCUUCAAUAAAGAUUGGAUUUGAGAGCAGCCAUCUCUGAUCUGCGUUCAGACUGAUCCUUUGAAGUGAGCAGGACAAUUAAGUCAGGAAUCCAGUUCUCACCCUCCUGCAAAUUUGCAGUGAAGUGAUAAUGAGCAGGGAAGGAGAUCAAAGCCAUGACGGAGCAAAGGGGCCUCCGCUGGGAGCUCUGCCGUUGGCAGAAGAGACAUUGCAAGCCAUAGCUUCCUCUACGGGGUACCCCAAGCCGGACGGCGUGACCCAGAGGAUUCCCAGAGGGGGAAGAGGCGUUCCGGCGGCGGCAGAAACCAGUUGGGGAUCUGGAGGAAGCAUGCCGGAGACCGUGGCCCUGCGGUUAUCCAUCCUGGAAACUCAUUUAUCCAGGCUGUCGGAUACCGUGGGGAGAAUAGUGCCAAUAUUGGAAGAGAAUCUCCAAAAAGAGCACAUCCGAUAUGGCGCCGAGAGAGAGCCAAGCAAAGGAGGCGAUUGGAGCCAGAGGGGACAGCGAGCUUCAACGCAGAGUCCCGCGGCGGCAAGGGACGAGGGAGACGAGGAAUAUUGGCAGGAGCUGGAGUUCAGAGACAGAAUGGCACGCGAAGUGGAGCGCCAGCGAGCUCUGGGAACUCUGAGGCCGCCAUCUCCAACAGAGCUCCCAACCCCCCGGAUGGGCGUCGGGGUGGAAAGACCACUGGGGCCAGGGAUCGGGUCCAGUGGAUUAGCAGACGAAGGCGGAGAGGAGCAGGAGAUCCAGGAAGAGGAGGAGGAUGUGCAGUACGACGGGGAAAGGCGAGAUGCGGGGGCUACAGCGAGGCCAGUAUGCGGAUGGGGGGAAGGGCCGACAGCGGCGGCAGGAUUUCGGGAGCCGCGCAGAAUGACCACCGGAGUGGGGCGCGGCGUGAUCCAAGGAAACCCGAUGCAACCCUUCCCCAUGCCUCCCAGACAGCAUCAACGGGCCGCUGAAUGGAUGCCAAGAAGGGAAGAUCUCAAGCUAGAAUACGGAGGGGAAUCAGCCGAACUGAACUUUUUUCUAAUUAGCAUCAGGGGAUACAUGGAAGACAAUGCACACACAUUCCCCUCCGAAGCAAGCAGGGUUCGGGCCAUCGGCAACACACUAAAGAGAGGAGCGGCCAGCUGGUAUGUGCAACUACAUGCCAGACAGGACCCAUGCCUGAGGUCAGUGCCCCGCUUCCUCGCCGCACUGGAAAACCGGUUCAGAGACCGGCUAGAGCAAUUGAGAGCUCGAGACCAGCUUAGAGGAAUAAAGCAGAGGGACAAAACGGUGCCCGAGUACGCAGAGGAAUUCCUCCACCUCGCGGAAAGGGUACCAGAGUGGUCUGAAGUGACCAAAGUGGAAUUAUUUAAAGAGGGACUACGCCCCGAGAUUUUCAGCUGGGCAGCGCACAGAGAUGACCCCGAAACGCUCCAGGGAUGGAUUCAACUAGCGGGGCGCGUUGAAUCCACCCUGGCCCAAGUAAAGCGCUUCAGGAGCAGCGGCGGCCAGCAAAGACCGGUGGCGAGAGGUCGAGGAGAAACGAGGAAGCAGGAAAGACCCGGAGGGAGGCCGGGGAUUCCCUCCAGAGGAGACGACAACAAACCUAAACCGGGAUGCUUUGUAUGUGGGAAGACGGGCCAUCGAGCAGCAGAAUGCUGGGCACGGAAGGGGGAGCCGCCAAAACCCUCAAAGCCCAAGCCAGCAACCGGGAGGCGUGCGGAGGAGGAGGUGCGAGCCCCAGAAUCUUCAGAAAAAUUGGCUUGUGAUGAAAGAAGAACCGAAGAGGAGGACGAAGAAAAGGAGGGCACCAUGUCAUGGAACCCAGUUACAGGGCUUUGGUAAUUCAGCCCUGUAACUGGGAGUCAUAACAUAAACAAUCCCAGGAGCACCUGGCAGAAGAAGAUAGAAUAUGCCUGGGAACUUGGGGCCGAAAGUAUAAACAAUUAUAAUUGGUUUAGUGUGUGAAAAUGGUAGUAAUGUGAUAUUGGGGGUGGGACUUGAUGAUGAUAUUUACGUGUGGUGUUACGUAGCAUCAAAAGUUAUAAAAAUAGUUGUAUGUAAACAUUGGGUCAUUCCUGACUUUUCCAAAGUCAUGUGUUCUUCAAUAAAGAUUGGAUUUGAGAGCAGCCAUC